AUGGCCUCAGGGGCAGCGCUCCUGCUGGCGCUACUGCCUCAGGUCCAAUCGGUCCCGAACCUUCUUGAGAAUCCUCGAGCGCGGUGCCUCGAGCUUAAGGAUAAGCACCUGCAGGAAGGUGACGUGAUCAUCACUGGCGCUGCGUUUGUUGACGCAUUGACGUUGAACGUAUCGGGGACGCUUAACGCACAUCCGUUCUGUCGGGUUGCAUCCCAAUUGGCGUACGGAAGUGAUGACACGCUCAACUUUGAGGUUUGGCUCCCGGGUGAUGCAGGAUACAACGGCAGAUAUCUGGCCGUCGGUAAUGGCGGCAUGGCUGGAACGAUUGACAAUGCGACCAUGGUCGAGUACCUGAACGAGGGCUUCGCGGUUGCGGGCGGCGAUUCUGGUCACCUAGCGUCUGAGAACAACGACGGCGACGGAGCGCCGGGCACUUACCUGCCGUACCUCCACGAUCGCGACCAGGUCUUGGCGUGGAUACACAAUUCCAUUGCCCUGUUCACCACGCCAGCCAGGGAGUUCAUCAAGACUUACUACGCGCGCGAGGCCGAGUAUAGUUAUUAUUAUGGCUGCUCGACUGGUGGAGCGCAGGGCUUUGCAUUGUCCCAGCUGCACCCGGACCUCUUCGACGGCAUCUAUGCUGGGUGCCCAGGGUUCUGGUACUCGCAUCUUGCACUGUCAUUCCUAUGGAAUGGACAGAAAACAAAGGGCGAUGCGUACCUGAGCCAAGGCUUGCUGGACACGGUUACCUCGGCGGUUUUGGACCAGUGCGAUGGUCUAGAUGGUGUUGUCGACAGGCUCGUGGAGAACCCUCUGGCCUGUAACUUUAGCAUUGACACGCUCGCAUGCGACAAGAUGAUUUCCAACAGCAGUGAAUGCCUGAGCGCUGCCCAGCUUGCCGCCGCAAAAGCAAUAUACGCGGGGCCGAAAGACAUUCGGAACGGCUCUGCGGUGUAUCCUGGAUUUUCUGUGGGGUCGGAGAGCGAAUGGGAGCAAGGCCAGGAGGGCUCAUUAGCGGAGGCCUUCUCCGUUCCGAUUCUCCAGAACCUAGUAUACGACAACUUGACCUAUGACCCGGACACAUUUGACUGGGGAUCCGAUGUGGACGAUGUGAAUAACAAAGCCGGCGUGCUAAUCGAUGAGACCAGCACUGACUUGCGGGCGUUCCGAGAGGCCGGCGGCAAGAUGUUGGUUUCUCAGGGUUGGGCAGAUCCGUACAAUGCGGCCACACUGCCCAUUGAGUACCUGCAGCGACUCCAGGGGUUCUUUGGAGGGGAUGUUUCGGACUUUUUCAACCUGUUCAUGGUUCCUGGCGGAGGACAUUGCGGUGGAGCAUCAAGCUAUCCAUCGGUACCUGCCAAGCACCGCGUCAUUGCGGCAUUACAGGCGUGGGUCGAGCUGGGGAUCAAGCCAGAGUCCGUACUCAGUGAGACGCCCGAGGACGGCAGUGGCAGGACACGGCAGCUCUGCCCGUGGCCGCAGACGGCGCACUAUGUUGCUGGAGAUGAAAAUGCCGCGACGUCGUACAUUUGCGCGUAA